AUGGAUCCAGAUUUCGUGAAGAGCUUGAUCGAUCAAAACGGUGUUCCUGAAUCCGGGAGACUCGAACGUAUUUACCGUGAAGGAGCUUCGCUCGAUCCGGAGGAGUUCAAAGCCGCCGUGGAGACACUGCGAUACUCGACUCGUUUCCCUCGUCUGCUGGCAGCCCUGAUCGAUGUAUCCAAGAACGAUGAGUUGGCAAUCGAAGAAAUUUUCCUCGAAGACGCGGUCACGCCGGACAUCGUCACGGGCUUCAAAUGGCUCUACACGACCGAGAACAAGGGUCUCAUAAACGAAGAUUUCGUCAAAAACCUUCUGCCGACAGUCAGCUGCUCGAAGCAGAAGCGAAUCUGCAACAAGAUAUCGAAAUGGGUCACCAACCUUGAUCUGGGCGACAGACUUUGGAGAAUCGUCAACUCGAGAUCGCAUGAGCUCUCCUCACUGCUCUUGGGGGCUUGCUCGGACAAAAUCAUUCUUGGAGAGAUCGAGAAAGAUGUGAAAUGUAUGAGCUCAGCUCAAAUGCUCGACAUCCUGAAAAAAAGAUUCGAGUCAGGAGUGGAACUCCUGCGGACCAUUGGCUUAGCUGGGAAGCUCAAGAGCUCCCGCCUGAAGACCCAUGACUUGUUCCACUACAUCCUCGAGAAAAACCUCGCUGUUGGUCUUGAGCUCAUCCACAGUAUUCGCAUGCAAUUGUUUUUUGGCCGGAAGCUGACUCGGAAACUCAUCCAGAUCGCGAGCAGCGACAAAUCCAAAGUACCUAAUGUCGUCAAGCUGACGGAGACCAUCAAUCAGAAGACACUGGCGCGAUACGCCUCCGGAGAUCUUUAUCUGAAGUGUUUCCUGGCCAGGUUCAAGCGCGAAGCUUUCAACGACGAAUUUGAGAUGUUGAAGUGGCUCAAUCAUCUGAGAGACGAUGCCAAGCUUGAGGUCUUACGGAGUUGGUUCGAGGAGUUUUACGGCUCGGCUCUGGUGGACCAAGCGGAGGAGAUUCCGGAAUCAUUCCUCUUCCUGCUCGACGAGAAAAUCCUCGGGGAUGUCAUUAGAAUACGCAUCGCCUCACAGAAGGCAGAAGGAAAACUUUCGGACACGAAGCUUAUGCGGUUGCAAUCUGCUUUGCCAGACGACGAGGAGAGUUUCACCCUACAGCUUGAGCGACUCAAAGGGGAAAGCAACUUCGAAAACCGGCGGUCGAUCUACGAGAACAUGCUGCGCUCAGUUAGUCUCUUGAGAAGGCCACAGUUCCUCGAGAGGAGGCUCCAGUUCCUCGUUAAGAGAACUCGUAACGAGCACAUAUUUCCAAAGACAAUUCUCGAACAUUUGGUCGAGACUAUGCGGGAAGAUUACAGAUUCAAAUUCAAUGAGAAGAUCUGGCCCCUUGUGAAAGAAAUAGUUGAUCUCCGAAUAUUGCUCGAUGGCAAGAAGUUGGACGGGGUCCACAGCGAGAUUCUCAUGCUAGGACUGAGGGAUAUCGGUUUCGACCAGGCCGAUUUCUUAUCAGCGGUGAUGAAUCUCCUGAAUGAAGUCCUGAAACGCACUACGUACUGGCCGAUGUCUGAUCUGCCGAAAGACAAGGAGCAGUUCUUCUGGAAAAAUGUGCUGGCCUACUAUGAAGCUCUCGAAGAAACGCUCGAGGUCGCGAAUGGCGGCCCGUGUCCUCGUUAUCUGGAAAGGCUAUAUAACAAUCUGAAAGAUAGUCCAGACGCCACCAGAGGACUUCUUCCCGCUUAUCCGCUAACAAUGCGUGUUCUGAAACUCAUCGUCAGUCCUGAAAGGGACGGCAAUAAUUUCCCGACUUACCACUCCUUUGCAUACUUCACGAUCUACGAUUAUGUCAAGCCCCUGCUCUCCGCCGAAGACGCCAUCCAUCCGGACAUCGUGGAACAACGUGAGCGGGAGGAGGCGGAGUUGGCGAAAGAGCGAGUCUGGAAGGAGUUCAAGAAAUCGAAAACCAUACGCGACGAGGUGCGGACGCUCUAUGCGGAAAAACGCCGGCAUAUCCAUUAUACGCAGCUCUGCGCUCGAGGUCUGGUAUACGCAAACAAAGAGCAGAUGGAGUUAUGGGAGGAGAUGCUGUCACUGGAAACGGACAAGGAGCUGUCAAGAGAUCGUGAGGGCUCUGCCUACGAGCUCCUCAUGGUUCUCCGCAGUCCACAGCAAACGCAGGCUGAAGCGAAGUAUCUGCACCCACCUAGAGCCAAGAUAGAUCCGGGCAAGGGAGAGGAGGAGAAUAACCUCGUUCUGCGACGAAUGAACUUCGUGAAGUCACUCCGUUAUUUCAACCGGAGCGGCCUCGCGGUUGAACUGAUCCUUCCGUUUAUGGCCGGCGACUAUAUGAGAAGCGCCCGACCCAGCUUCGACCGUCACCUGGCACGAGUCCCCACCCCACGAGUCGACGAGUUUCUCCGGGAACCCGGGCUGAAAAAGAACUCACCUCUGAACGUCAGGAAAACUAUGCUCAAAUCCUACUUCAGGAAUACCUUGAUGUUCGACGAUAAGAUAGUUCUCGACGUGAUGAAACAAGUCUCCACCGCUGACGAGCGCGACGAAAUCAAGAAUGAGACCCUGCUGGCGGCGUACGAGAUAGUGAAAAGCGUCGGCGAGGAGAGAGGCUGGCCUUUGGUCAAAACUUGCUUGGACGUAAUUACCGUCAAUGAUCGAAACUCGUUUUCUACUCUCAUGGAGAGAACCGGCAUCGAUGAUCUCAUUCCGGAGCAUCUCGAAUACCUCCUGAGAACCCUCGUCGGUCUGUGUGAUUUGAAACUUCAAUUGACCGGAUGUCCCGACCGGCGCCUGAUGGAUCGGAUCGCAACAGAUGUGAGGUGGAUGUCUCCGGAGUUUCUGUUCAGUAUGCUCGGCAAGAUUAAAUCGGAGCAUUGGAAAUCCGUGAGCGAGGCUCCGAAACUGGCGGCAAGCAUAGUUCUGCAUUGUGUGCCUCGGCAUGCGGAGGCGCUCAAAGGCCACUUGAAAACUUUCGCCGAUUCGAAAUUGACAGAGCUCACGAACUCGGGAAUUUUCACUAAAGAGAUCGUUGGGCGAUGCUCAUUGGGGAAAAUCGACAAUGCCGCACAAGUUCUCGACUUCCUCUCUCAAGUGUUCAAGGAACGGUCAUCCGAGUAUUCCCGAGAUGUCUUGCUCCUUGAGUUGGCAAGAGGUAUCUUGCCGCUAAUACCCCGAUCGUGGUGGGAUACAGAUCUCAAAACUGAGCUCCCUGGAAUCCUCCGCAGAGCCAUUCAGAUCACCGCAGGUUUCUUGGAGGGGGCAGGACUGCUGUUUGUUGAUUCAUUCACUAAAGACCUGCAAACGUCCCUUGAGCUUUCGCUCCCCAAGCUCUCGCCGUUCGCGGGUGUGGAACACUUUUGGAAUCGUUACCGAGCGGAAAUGACCCCAAUGGAGAUUGUCCUUUUAGUGAAACUUCUCGCCAAUGAUACUUUGCAGAGCACUCCGUCUACUAUCCGUUCCCUAGGAGAGUGCCUUGCAGAGCACCACGAUCCAGCAGUCAGAUUAGCGACCAGAGACUUAUUGCUCCUGCGCGACUUUCGUUAAUAUUCGUGUUCCGAUCGCUUGUCGCUGUCUUGAUUCUGGGAUCUGAUAGUUUGGUGCCAGAAUGGCUUCAC